AUGAAUUAAUAUUAUUUAUUAUGUAUACUGUUAUAUAUAAUUAAAACAAAUGAAAUAAAAAUAAGGUUUUGGUUCUAGUUUUAUGAAAAUGAUGUAAGCUAAGUUUAAAUUAGAACGAAUGCAGCUUUUAAAUUAGAUAAUCUCUUAAGUGAAGAUAUUAAACAGAAUGAACCCAUGUAUAUUUUUGGUUAAGAAAUUGAGAAUGUUGAUUCAUUUCUUCAGUUAAAAGAAACUUUCAUUUGGUUUAGUUAUAGAGCCAAUAUUCAAUAUGAAGGAAGAGCAAUAUCUGAUUAAGGAUGGGGAUGCUUGAUAAGAGUUGGUUAAAUGAUUCUAGCUGUAUAAUUCUAUCAUAAAAACUUAGAACUCAUUAAUUAGAAAUAAUUCUUCAUCACUUUUGAAAGAUUUGAAAACUAAAAUUAUAAACUUAUUUGAUGAUGAUGAAUCCUUUUCCACUAUAGCACCAUUUUCUAUUCAUUAAAUAAUUAAAAAAGCUGCUUUAAAUUAUAAUCUAAAAAUUGGAGAUUGGUACACUGGCCCUAAAAUUAUGUGUUUAUUAGAAGAAUUAGUUUCUACUGUUAAAACCAUUAAAUAAUUAAAAAUUAUCAACUUUCUAGAAUAGUGCAUAAUUGAAUAGCAAAUUGAUUUAAAAUUCAAUCAAGCUUAAUUAAUAGUCAUUCAUGCUAUUAUAGGAAAUAAAGAAUUAGAUUCAUAUUUUGAAGCUUAACUAUAAAAACAUAUAGAAAUUCCUUAAUUUGCCGGAGCAAUUGUAGGCAAAAAUAAUAAAGCAUAUUUUUUAAUAGGAUAUCAGAAUAAAUUAGGAAUACUUAUGGAUCCUCAUUAUGUUUAAGUAUAAAUUUUUACUCUAUUAUUAGGAAAGUGGCUAUAUAUAAUUGAAGCCCUAAUUAAAAUGUACACCAUUAAAAGAAUUUUCUGGUACAAUAGCCUUAUGUUACUUUAUCUCUAGUAGUUAAGAUUAUAAGGAAUUCAAGACAGCUUUAAAAGAACUAAAGGGAUCAAUUUUCAACAUAAUAGAUGAGAAUUAUACAUGUAUUUUUUGA